GCACAAGCAGGUGGGAGCCGCGGAGGGGCGAGGCCGCCCGCGCGGGCGCCAGGCGGCGGGCACUGCGCCGCUCCCCUGUCCGCGGUGCGCGCUCGCGGGUGCACACCGGGCGUCCGCGGCUCUCGCGCACCCCGCCUGCCCGGGCCCUACCUGCGGCGGCCGUCGGGGGCGCGGAGCCCCCAGCGCUGCCGAGCCGCAUGAACAAUAGGCGGCGGCGGCUCCUGCGGGCGGCCGCCCCGCACCCUAUGGACCGGCCGCUCUAUGGAGUCCUCCAGAUCGCUUCUCGGCUGCCUGGCGAGCGCCGCUGCUGCCCCGCCGGGGGAGGAUGCCACGGGCACCGGAGCCGAGGAGGAGGAGGACGAGGAGGAGGCGGCGGCCGCCGAGCUGGGCUCCCACGCCGCGCGCCCUACUGGACGGCUGUAUUCGAGUACGAGGCGGCGGGCGAGGACGAGCUGACCCUGCGGCUAGGCGAUGUGGUAGAGGUGCUGUCCAAGGACUCGCAGGUGUCCGGCGACGAGGGCUGGUGGACCGGACAGCUGAACCAGCGGGUGGGCAUCUUCCCCAGCAACUACGUGACCCCGCGCAGCGCCUUCUCCAGCCGCUGCCAGCCCGGCGCCGAGGACCCCAGUUGCUACCCGCCCAUUCAGCUGUUAGAGAUUGAUUUUGCGGAGCUAACCCUGGAGGAGAUCAUCGGCAUUGGGGGCUUUGGGAAAGUUUACCGCGCUUUCUGGGUAGGCGACGAGGUCGCUGUGAAAGCAGCUCGCCAUGACCCCGAUGAGGACAUCAGCCAGACCAUAGAGAAUGUUCGCCAAGAGGCCAAGCUCUUUGCCAUGCUGAAGCACCCGAACAUCAUCGCCCUCAGAGGGGUGUGCUUGAAGGAACCCAACCUCUGCUUGGUCAUGGAGUUUGCUCGUGGAGGGCCUUUGAACAGAGUGCUGUCUGGGAAGAGGAUUCCCCCAGAUAUCCUGGUGAACUGGGCUGUACAGAUUGCUAGAGGGAUGAACUACCUGCACGAUGAGGCAAUUGUCCCCAUCAUCCACCGAGACCUUAAGUCCAGCAACAUUCUGAUCCUGCAGAAAGUGGAGAAUGGAGAUCUGAGUAACAAGAUUCUGAAGAUCACUGACUUCGGGCUGGCUCGGGAAUGGCACCGGACCACCAAGAUGAGCGCGGCAGGGACGUACGCUUGGAUGGCACCCGAGGUCAUCCGUGCUUCCAUGUUUUCCAAAGGCAGUGACGUGUGGAGCUAUGGAGUGCUGCUUUGGGAACUGCUGACUGGCGAGGUGCCCUUUCGAGGCAUUGAUGGCUUAGCAGUGGCCUAUGGAGUGGCCAUGAAUAAACUCGCCCUUCCUAUCCCUUCUACAUGUCCAGAACCCUUUGCCAAACUCAUGGAAGACUGCUGGAAUCCUGACCCCCACUCACGUCCAUCUUUCACCAGUAUCCUGGACCAGCUCACGACCAUAGAAGAGUCUGGUUUCUUCGAGAUGCCCAAGGACUCCUUCCACUGCCUGCAGGAUGACUGGAAACAGGAGAUUCAGGAAAUGUUUGACCAACUCAGGGCCAAAGAAAAGGAGCUCCGUACCUGGGAGGAGGAGCUGACCCGGGCUGCGCUCCAGCAGAAGAACCAGGAGGAGCUGCUGCGACGCAGGGAGCAGGAGCUGGCUGAGCGGGAGAUUGACAUCCUGGAACGAGAGCUCAACAUCAUCAUCCACCAGCUGUGCCAGGAGAAGCCCCGGGUGAAGAAACGCAAGGGCAAGUUCAGGAAGAGCCGACUGAAGCUCAAGGAUGGAAACCGCAUCAGCCUCCCCUCCGAUUUCCAGCACAAGUUCACGGUGCAAGCCUCCCCAACCAUGGAUAAAAGGAAGAGUCUCCUCAGCAGCCGAUCGAGCCCUCCUGCUAGCCCCACCAUCAUCCCUCGCCUUCGAGCCAUCCAGUUGACACCAGGUGAAAGCAGUAAAACCUGGGGCCGGAGCUCAGUUGUCCCAAAAGAGGAAGGGGAUGAGGAGGACAAGAGGCUCCCAAAGAAGAAGGGCCGGACAUGGGGACCAGGAACACUUGGGCAGAAAGAGCUCACCUCAGGAGAUGAAGGCCUCAAGUCCCUGGUAGAUGGAUACAAACAGUGGUCAUCCAGUGCCCCCAACUUGGGGAAGGGCCCAAGGAAUAGCCCUGCUCUACCUGGGUUCACCAGUCUUAUGGAAAUAGAGGAUGAAGAUGGUGAAGGCCCGGGAAAUGGAGAGCGUCAUCUCCAGCAUUCGCCCAACCAGUCCUACCUCUGUAUCCCAUUUCCUCGUGGAGAGGAUGGGGAUGGUCCUUCCAGUGAUGGAGUUCAUGAGGAGCUCACCCCAGUCAACUCAGCCACCAGUACCCCUCAGCUGACGCCAACCAACAGCCUCAAACGCAGUGGGACCCACCACCGGCGCUGUGAGGUGGCUCUGCUUGGCUGUGGAGCUGUUCUGGCAGCCACAGGCCUAGGGUUUGACUUGUUGGAAGCUGGCAAGUGCCAAUUGCUUCCCCCAGAGGAGCCUGAGCCACCAGUCCGAGAAGAGAAGAAAAAGCGCGAGGGUCUUUUCCAAAGGGCCAGCCGCCCUCGUCGGAGUACCAGCCCCCCUUCCCGAAAGCUCUUCAAGAAGGAGGAGCCAAUGAUGUUGCUAGGAGACCCGUCCGCCUCCUUGACACUGCUCUCUCUCUCCUCCAUCUCCGAAUGCAACUCUACCCGCUCCUUGCUGCGCUCUGAUAGUGAUGAGAUCGUUGUGUAUGAAAUGCCAGUCAGUCCAGUUGAAGCUCCACCCCUCACCUCGUGCACACACAACCCUCUCGUUAAUGUCCGAGUGGAGCGCUUCAAGCGAGACCCUAAUCAGUCCCUGACUCCCACCCAUGUCACCCUCACAGCCCCUACACAGUCAAGUGGUCACAGGCGGACUCCUUCUGAUGGGGCGCUUAAGCCAACAGGAGCCCCCCCAGCACUAGCGAGCCGGAGCCCCUCCAGCAAUGGAAUGAGCCCCAGUCCUGGGACAGGAAUGUUGAAAACUCCCAGUCCCAGCCGAGACCCAGGUGAAUUCCCCCGUCUCCCUGACCCCAAUGUGGUCUUCCCCCCAACUCCAAGGCGCUGGAACACACAAGGGGACUCCACCUUAGAGAGACCCAAGACCCUGGAGUUUCUGCCUCGGCCACGUCCUUCUGCCAACCGGCAGCGGCUGGACCCUUGGUGGUUUGUGUCCCCCAGCCAUGCCCGCAGCGCCUCCCCAGCCAACAGCUCCAGCACGGAGACGCCCAGCAACCUGGACUCCUGCUUUGCCAGCAGCAGCAGCACCGUAGAAGAGCGGCCUGGACUCCCAGCUCUGCUCCCUCUACAAGCAGGGCCACUGCCCCCCGCUGAGCGGACGCUUCUGGACCUGGAUGCAGAGGGGCAGAGCCAGGAUAGCACGGUGCCCCUGUGCAGAGCAGAACUGAACACGCAUGGGCCUUCCCCCUAUGAGAUCCAGCAGGAGUUCUGGUCUUAGUGUCAGAAGGGUCAGGGUGGGCAAGGGGGACGCCCGAGGAGAUGGAGGGAGCUGGCUGGCACAGCCCUGUCUCGGUUAGGCCCCCUGGGAUCCAGACCUCCUCCUUGCACUGAGAAUGCACUUUGAAGAUGGAAGGGAUGGAGACAGGGCCAGCCACUGCAGAGGGUCUCCUGCCCUGCAGGAUCUUUUCCCCAUGUGCACUGGAGGGGCUGUGUCAGCUCUGGCUGUGCAGGAGAGGGAGGGCUUGUCCCCACCCUCCAGUCUUCCUCAUCUUGAGGGUGACACUGCAGUCAUCAGCCACAUCUGUCCACUGCCUCUUCUCCUCAGCCAGAGCUGUCCUGUAGCCCCUAUGUCAGCCGUGAGUUCUACUGUCCACACACUGGUACUGAUGCGCUAUGAUUGGUUCAUUUGGCUUGUCUUCCGCUCUUCCCAUGACUCGGUGUCUCCUUUGGUAUCGAGUGUCUUGUGUCCUAAGUCCUUUUGUGCCAGCUGACGGGAACAAGUUGGCCUUGUGAGGGCCAGAGGGCUUGACAGACCUGGAACUGCCUACCUGUGCAAAUCUCUGAGAGCUGAGGAGGCAGUCAGGGGAAGCAGCCAGGGUGGGUAGAAAGGUGCUCGAAUCACUCCUUGGUUUGGGUUGGGUUUGGGUUUUAGAAACAAAGGCAGAAAUCAACGCUUAUUGAAUGGCUCUGUCUACCCCCUGGGUUCAGGCCAUGGCUACACCAGGUUUGAAUAUAAGCAUAUUCAUCUCAGGAACAGCUCUUUGGGAGACGCACUCACUGAUGCCAGGUCUGAGGUCAGACACAGUGCCUACGUGUACCUGUCUAGUUGAGACUCUGUUCUUUCCUCUAGUUCCGGAAUCAGUGGCCUUUAGGUCAUAGGUGAUUCACAGACACAGCUGAAGUGUGUCAGGAAAACAUAUGGGGGUGUGUCCUGGACCUUGGGAUGUGGAACUGUGGGGAUUUCUUCAUUGGACUUGUGCGUUUUGUGAUGCCCUUGAAGUGAACGGGAUCCCUUAGUAAUAACCUUUGGGUGUUUGGAGGCAGUAGCAUGAUACAGUUCUUCAGGCCCUCAGUGGUCCAUUGGUGGGCACCUGAUUGAGGCCACCUUUGUCUUAGCACAGACAGCCCUUGUGCUGGGCCUGCACUGUGAGCUAGACAGCAGAGACCAGCCGGAUGAGGCUAGUGCUGACUUGUUUAGUAUUUGUUUCUUGAACUUGAAUACUAAGCUUCAUCUAAAGAUUUCUCAUGUAUUUCCUUCACUGUCCACUUCCUCUGAGCCCCCUGUGUUGUAUGUGCACUGUGGCCUUUAGGUGACAGUAACAGCCAGUCCCCAGUGGUGUUGGAGUCUGUCUUUGCUGCCUAGAUGCCCAGAAGGAUUAGGUGCACAUGGGACAGGUGGCAGAUUUUAUCACUGCUCUUCUCUGUAACUGAUAGAAAUCCUGCCCUGGGGAGCACCUAAGAGAGGACAUUGGUUUCCACAAGUUCUUUAUGAGCCCUUUUGCCCUUUGUCCUGACCCUGCAGCCCCCUAGUCUCCAACAAGGAAGCGGUGCUGGCGGUGUCAGCCAGUGUUUUGCUGAGUAUCUCCUCUUUCCUCUUGGUUCCGUGAAAUGAGAAUGUAAGCGCUUCCCCUUUCCCCUGUGCUCUGACUCCUCAGCUAGGAGAGGAGAGCUUGUGAACCCUCUCAGUAGUGCCACCCAACCCGGUGAUGAUGCUUCGUUCUUGAGGACUAGAUAGUCUGUUGUGUGCCCUUCCCUGGAUCUUUCAAAACCCCUAUUCCUAAGCUACAAAUACAUCUACCCAUCUUGGACGCACUAAGGCUUUGAGGCAGACUGCAGCUGACUCCAGCCCAUGCUCCAGCCCCAGGCAGGGUUUUUUUCCUGUCCGUGUUUGAUUGUGGCCAGCUUUCUGGGAAAGACAUAGUGUUACAGAUGCAGCGUAUUCCGCAUCACAAUGACCUGCCAUUGAGUGGCAGGUGGACUCUAGUUCUUACUUGUCCACCCAGCAUUCAGACAGAAGAAGGCCUUACUAAAGAAAUGAUUGUACCUGAGAGACGAGAAGGCGGGGUUGGGAGUAUGCAUUAGAUGUGUGCGUGGUGAGGGUGAUUUCCUCUUCAGCUCCGUGCGAGCCUAGAGAUGGGAUGCACGUUAAGGAAGUUUAUGUGACUUAGGUUCCCUCCAUCUGUGGUCAUGGUUAGGAACAGGCCUGGUAGCUGUGAAUAAACCCACUUGAGUGACAUUAGCCAGCUUCUCCCUUUUCUUUCACCACCCUUUCCUCAAAGACUUGCCUUCUACUUAGAGCAGAAUCAUUAUCUUGGGGCUGCUAACAGCAUCAGGGACUGUUCUUUGCUGUGUCUCCUCCUCAGGUCUUCACUUUCCAGAGCUUACCCUUGGGGAAUCUGUAUGGCUAAGAACUGAGUAGAUGCCUGCGUUACCCUUACAGCUAUUUCUAGGAAGCGUAGUGGAUGCUCCUGACAUCCUGUGAUUGGGUAGGCAUCGUAGUAACAAUAGCCUGCCUUUGGACAGCUCAGAACAGGGCUAGCUUUUUCUUCUGACAUUUACAGAAUGACAUCGUUUUCCUUCACAUUCGAAACAUUUGUCUCAAAAACACAGACAGACAGACUCUGAAUGAUUGAGUCUGGCCCCCCCAGGCUCUGAGACAACACAAGUUGGCCCUACUCCCCUGUUCUGCUUUUCUUGCAUGACUUCAGUCCAGUGUCUUGACCCCUGUCAGGUUUCCUUGUAAAACCCUUCACCAUAUCCUUCCCUUGUGAGGGUGUGAUAUGCUGUGGCUCCCUGCCAAUAGCUUCUUCCCUUGCCAGCUGAACGCUGAAGCCAGCAGUGUGGUUCUCACCACCUUCGCCUCAAGGCGUCUUCCCUUAGCUUUAGCCUUUGGCUUCUGGAAGAAGAGUGAUUUGGGGUUGGCUUAACACGGCAUAUGCUCUUCCACCAGAUUAUGUAGCCCAGGUGACAAUAGCAUCAUUUAUUUUCCAAUUCCCUCCUUCUCUUAACCUGGUCAUCUGGAUGUUCUUACCGUUUGUGUUUUAUUGAGGAGAUGGGAGUUUGGUGGCAGCUUGCUGUCUCUGCUUUUUUAGGCUCAUCCCUAGGGUCAGAUUUGAUAAGAGUCUGAAAUCAAACCAGAUCUGGAAGAACCUUUGGGAAAGUGGCUCCUAGUCCAUGGGACAUCAUGUGCCAAAGUAUGAUGCUCCUCACAAAGCCCCUUGACCCUCAGGCUGUUGCUCAGGGACACAGACAUUGCCAGCUGUGUAGACUUGCCCCUUUCUCCAAGCUUUUGCCUCCACCCCCCCCCCCACGUUGUAGACACUAAUUGCCCCAUGAGAAAGGCAUUCUUUUUUCUUUUUGUUUUUUUCUUUUGUUUUUAUUUUUGUUUGAGACAGGGUUUCUCUGUAGCUUUGUAGACUGUCCUGGAGCUCACUCUGUAGACCAGACUGGCCUUGGACUCACAGAGAUCCACCUGUCUCUGCCUCCUGAGUACUGGGAUUAAAGACGUGUGCCAUUACUGCCUGGCUGAGAAGGGUCAUUCUUACUUCAUGAAAUUCAUCUCUUCUGUUCUUUCCUCUGCUAUUCACCACCCCCAGAGCUGGGCCUCCCAUAUGCUAGGCAAAGACCAACCAAUAUCAAGCUUCCUUUUAGCAGAGAAAAAGAACAGUGGGCUCUGAAGCCUGGGUGGCUGUGGGUGGACACCUCAGGGUAUAAGUGUCCAUCUGUGGACAUGGAUGCAGAACCCUGACCAUUUGAUCAUGUGUUUAUUUGAUCAUGUGCCUUUGGAUUGGUUUGGGGGAAUGGCACGGUGUUACAGUUCAGAAGCACCCAUCUCAUUGCUUUUAGAAGACCUGGGAAGAGAGGCAGGUCCUACUUGUUGGUGAAGUACUGGACUUUGUCUUAAGGACUUGUCCAGACUAGAUUCAGGGGCAGAGGUAAGAGUGGCCCUCAGGGAGUUGGUGGCAAGAACCUGGCGUCUUAAGCUGUCCAUUUUUAAGUUGCAAAUUUGCCAAUAUGUGGCCCUCAGAAGCCCUCCUGUGAGCUGCGAGUGAUGCUCACUGUCGUAUUAAAAACCCUCCUAACUGUAAAAGCUAGGUUCAGCUAGUGAUGCAUCCUUGGAAAGCCAGCUACUCGAGACCGAGGCAGGACACUUGCUUCAGCCUCGGGUGUGAUGUCAGCCUGGGGCAGCACAGCAAGAGCCGGUCUCCUCAGUGUGUGGUGUCAGAGCACCAAGUCCAGCGUAGAUAGCUCCAUCAUGCAAGAUUGCUUUCCUUGGUAGAAAAAAGUGUGAAUGGACGUAUAAGUGGAGGUCAAAGGCCAACACUGGCCAUAUGGCUCAAUCAUGUAUGACUUGUCAUUGUCCUCGACUUGACCUGAGAAUGACUUCUUGUCAAGAUACAACUGUUGUUGGAAACAUUUCCCGGUGGCAAUAUAAUAUUUUCCUAGUUCACAAAUUAUAAUAAAAUCUGCACAUAAAAAGGGGAAACGCCCUUCUCCUUGGCCUCUUCCUGGCAUUGCUGCAUGGAGGUUCAGUAUCUCUGGUACUGAGUUGGAGGACAGAAUCCAGGAGCUGGAAUCUUGUUUGAUUGAGGCUAAUUAAUAUGGGUCUAACUAGUCUAACCCAGCCCCGGGCUCCUGCUUGGCUCUGCAGACCAGGUGAGUUUCUUUUACUUUUCAUUGCCUUCUCUGGCCAUUUCUACCCAGGCCUCCUUAAGCUCCUGGGAAGCCAUAGACUUUAGGAGACUGGGUUCUCUUGAGCUUUGCCCUGGGACUGACUGCUCCUUCCUGAUUUCUUACUGCCUUGGUCCCUUCGUUCCCUGGAGUCUUGUGUUGGAAAGAGAAGAUCCUGGGGGUUGAAUGAAGUUGUCUAAGUGGGAGGUCCACACUGCUCCGGUUUCCUUGCCCCUGAAUUCCCUUCUGAUUGCGCUCACAUUUGAUUGUCAGAUGUGGACAUGACAGCUAGGUGGUGUCUCCCGGUGGGAAAUCCCAAUACAAAUAGAGUGUUCAGAGACCAGCCUUUCCUCUGGGACAGGACAGAUGGAAGCCCUGAGAUGUGAAGACCCCAUGGGAGGGGUAUGGUGUUUCAAAAGUUCUGUGUUACCCUCAUUCCUGAACUCCUUCACACCUUGCUACCCGCACAGGCAGCCUUUAGGCUGAGCACUGGUCUCAUCAUGGAUGCUUUUUAUUAAUUUUGGCAUUUUAGAAAAUUCAGUUACAUUGAAGUAUGGUUUAGCCUUUGAUUAUUGAUUUUUUUUAAUUUUAUUUUUUAUAACAUGCCUUUGGGGUUUGUAUCUAAUACAAGUGCCUCACUCGCCUCCACCUGGGAUGGGCCCUGCCUGCCUCUCCUGGAUCUCCAGAUAGGAGUGUGGCAUUUGACGUAGGCUUUAUGUUUACUCUCAUUGCUACCCCACACAGCACGUUCUGAGUGCAGCCCGCCACCCCCGGGAGCACUUACUUGCAUUCAAAUACAAGAGUGAAGCCUUCAGUUCUCAACAUUGGCACUGUAGCUGGGGGUCUUUUCCUUCCUUCAUGUUCACUGGCUAUCUUUCAGGCUCUUGGAAGCCACGUUCUGGGUAUCUGUGUAUUCCAGGAGAGGGAAAGUGGUCACGGAGAGAGAAGCCUGUGAAUUCUUAACUUCAGCUUCUCUGGGAAUUCUAGAAGUGAAUAGACCUCAUUCAUCCAGGAUCUCAGAAGCGAGUGAAUGGGCGCUUUUCCGUCGUCAUUGCCUCUCCCCACCCCAUGUUAAUCUCUGCCCCUGCCCAGCCAGUCUUCUAAAUAAUUCCUUCACAGCCCCACCAGUGUCAGGUUCACGGCCAUUGUUCCCCUGCCCCGUCGGCAUUUCACUCGAGUCAUUUGCUCUACCUCCACUGAAGGCCAUGUCUGCUAUGGCUUUUAUUUUUUUUAUUAUUAGUGUUAUUAUUAUUACUACUUCGGACAGGGUCUCAUGUAGCCCAGACAGGCUUCAAACUUGCUGCAUAGCCCGGGAUGACCUUGUACUUCUGAUAUUUCUGCCUCCACUUCCCAACUGCUGAUAGGACAGGCAUAUGCCUUUGUUUUCUUCUUUACUGUCAGAGACAUGGAUUUAUCCUGGCCGGAUCUGGAGUUGAAUGGCAAAUCUUAAGAAAGCACUAAAUCUUCCACGCAGGAGGCUCUGGACACAUGCACAGACGUUUGUGUCUUCUUGCAGUGUGCCCCGCAGUCGGAUGUGUGAACAGACACAUCCUGGAGUCACAGAGCUGGGAAGCAAGUUGCUGAUCUGCUCUGUUUAAGACAGGAUUCUCGCCUGUGGUCACAUUUCUAGACCACUGUUGAAAAGCCUUGAGGUGAAAUUCGCCCAGCUUGGACCAGCGUAACUUCUGAAAUCACCUUCUUCCUAAGGAAUUGUGUCCCCUGGCUGACCUGUGAUCUCCCCAGAGCUCAGCAAACUUCGUUUUUUGCUGAUGGUGGCUCUUUCUUCCUUCACCUUUCUCUCAGUUCUGCGGGGAUUCUGAGCUCGCUGGGAUGUCCAGCUCGCCUCCCUCCCAGUACCACCUAAGGCUCGGUUUCUCUUUCCUGAUUCCUGUUCAUCGCUUCCCUGAUGUUGCUCCUCAUUGCAACUCCACUUUCCUUUGUUCCCAGAGCCUGCUCCAGCUCCUGUCCUCUAGGGAAGUGCUGCUGCUGCCCCUUUGUCACCUUGAGCCUUGCUAUCCAGAGAGGUGAACUCACUGACGUCCUGCUCCCCCUGCCCCCCAUUCUCCUUUGUCCACAGCCACAACUCCACAAACAGAGGUCUGAGACUCUGUUCAAAGUCUCGGGGGAGGCAUUGGUUGGGUCCUGGUUUUCUGAAAAAGCUUUCUCAGGGCUUUCUCCCCUUAGGGCCCUUAAGUCUAGAAAGGAAAGUGUAAGUUCUGUUUGUCUCGUCCUCCGGUAUCUUAACUACAAGUCUCCUGUGUCGGUCUUCCCCAUCUCUGUGUACCCAGAGUCCCUCCUUGAGCCCCCAUUUCCUUUGGAAUUUAAAUUAUUGUGUGUUGCCAGAAAUAUUUAAAGAUGGAAAUGUCCUGAAGGAAGCUUAUUAUCAGGUUCUUUCCUUUGGCUUUUUCUUUUCAUUUCUUUCGAGGUACUGUACAUUGCUGACGAGGGAUGCCAAGCAGGCUUGGUUCUGUGGCCAAGCUUCCCAGUGUAUCACAGUGUGAUGCUGAUCUUGGCCUGGUCCAACGCCAGGGCUCUCAGAGACUUGAAUAAAACUGUCAUAGUGGUUA